CUCCCCGCGUUUUUCCAAAAGUAGCGACGGCAGCUGCUUCUGGUGCGCGAGCCGAGCCCAGCUCCUCCUUGCAGCGGCGCGCGGAGCGGAAUGAAUAAAAUGGAUGAGGCAGCUGGUGAUUUAAAACAGGCACUUCCAAAUGUGUGUGAUUCUGUGCAGAUACAUGUAGAAGUUCAUCAGAAAUCAAACAGCACCUCAAAGAAAGAAGAUAUCAGGCUGAGUGUCUUAAAGCUGCUAAACAGACAUAACAUCGUUUUUGGUGAUUACACAUGGACUGAGUUUGAUGAUGGUUUUCUGAACAACAAUGUGCAGUCUGUGUCAAUUGUGGACACAGAGCUAAAACUGAAAGAAAGACAGCCCAUUAACUUGAGCAAAUGCAAUCUCUCGAUUCAUAUUUUUCAUCUAAAUGACGAAGGACCAAGCACUGAAAAUCUAGAGGAAGAGAAUGAGAAUAUUGUUGCAGCCAACCACUGGGUGCUGCCUACAGUUGAAUUCCAUGGUCUUUGGGAGAGCCUUGUGUAUGACACUGAAGUAAAAUCGCAUCUACUUGACUAUGUGAUGACAACUUUACUGUUUUCUGACAAAAAUGUUGACAGCAACCUGAUAUCCUGGAACAGAGUUGUCUUGCUGCAUGGUCCUCCAGGAACUGGUAAAACUUCACUCUGCAAAGCAUUGGCUCAGAAGCUGACCAUUAGACUUUCAUACAGGUACAGAUAUGGACAGUUAAUUGAGAUAAACAGUCAUAGCCUCUUCUCUAAGUGGUUUUCUGAGAGUGGCAAGCUUGUAACCAAGAUGUUCCAGAAGAUUCAAGAGUUAAUUGACGAUAAAGAUGCUCUUGUAUUUGUACUGAUAGAUGAGGUUGAAAGUCUCACAGCAGCUCGUAGUGCUUUCCGAGCAGGCACAGAGCCUUCAGACGCUAUCCGUGUGGUGAAUGCUGUAUUGACACAAAUAGAUCAAAUUAAAAGGUAUCCCAAUGUUGUAAUCUUGACUACUUCAAAUAUUACAGAGAAAAUUGACACAGCCUUUGUAGACAGGGCUGAUAUAAAGCAAUAUAUUGGACCUCCAUCUGCUGCAGCAGUAUUCAGAAUAUAUUUUUCUUGCUUGGAAGAACUGAUGAAGCGUCAGAUAAUAUAUCCUCGACAGCAGCUGCUGACACUCAGAGAGUUAGAGAUGAUUGGUUAUGUAGAAAAUAAUGUGUCACGGCUGAGUCUUGUAUUAAAAGAAAUUGCAAGGAAAAGUGAAGGACUUAGUGGCCGUGUCCUGAGGAAACUUCCUUUUCUAGCACAUGCACUUUAUAUUCAAUGUCCUAACGUUACAAUGGCAGUGUUUCUUCAGGCUCUUUCACUUGUAGUGGACAAACAAUUUGAAGAAAGAAAGAAACUUGCAGACUGCUUUUGACAUUCUUGUUACUGUUCCACAACUGUCUAGUCUCUAUGAUGUGUUCCUUGUUACCACUGAAAACCACAUUCUUCACCACCCCCCACAUGCCUUUUGUUCCAUGUAUAGAGAGUGACUGAAUUUGGGUUAAGAAACUCAGGUGAUCUAGUAUUUUUUUCAAAAACUUGAUUUGUAAAUAUCAAGAAUGUUUACAGUGCACCUGUUCAAAAGCUUUAUUUCAAACUCCAGUCUUGGAUACACUUCAAAACUGUUUAAUUUCUAGAAUGACCUUUUUACUCCUUCUUGUAAUUAUUAAAAAUGUUUAUCACAAUUCUGUUGUUUUUCUUAACCACAAAAACUUUUAUAUAUGUGUAUUCAGCAUUUAUUCUUUUUCAGUUUUAAUUCUUUUUUUAAAACAUAAAGAACGUAAAUUGUCAGGUCUCUGGUUCUAAUAUGUAAUGCAAAAUUUUUUACGACUUACAUCUCAAAAAAUGAACAGGAAAAAUUUAUGGGUACGAUUUUUGAGAGCACUCAGUGGCAGCCUAGCAGCUCACAUUGAAACAGCCAUUGAGUUUUACCAUUGAUUUCAUGAGAACAGAGACAAAACUUUUGAAAAUCCUACUCUAUCUUAACGUUUUUUUAAGAUCAAAUAUGGCAAGUUUUCAUAGUUGUCUUUUAGAAUUUUAGCCUUUAUCAGUGCAAAGAAGUACACUGUAUUUGCCGAAGACCACCUUGUGCAUGUUUAUAAACAACUUAUGCAAAUAGUUGUUUAUAAACAUGUAAAGAAUUUGUUUUAUGUACCUAAAUUAAAAAAUUUAUGGGAAAGACAUUUUGUUGUGCAAAAGCUAAGAAAAACAUUGACUCUCUUUAGAAAGUGAAACAAUGUAAGAAUUCUAUUUGUUUACCUAGUCGCUACAUGUAAUCUCUAAUAUUACUUAAUAGAGAAAAAAAUUCUCUUUUUUGAGUUCAUUUUAUGUAUUUGUCAACACUUUAACUGACAUCGGGUGAAACAGAUCAUUUGUUUGCAACUUUCACAUAACAGGUGGAACAGUAACAUUUAAAUAGGAAAUUGGCCCAGGGAAACAAGGGCAGCUGUAGUACCUGGAAACUAUUUUUAACUUUUUUAAUUGACUAGAUUUUAAGUUGACAUUACCACUUUAACAUACUUCAUAACUACUGCUACCACAAUAUGGUUUAAUGACUGUAUGUCAUUCAUUUCUGUUUGUACCUGUUUAAUCAAUGUUAUACAUUUCUCAUGAGAUGGAUGAGUUACUCCAUUGUCAUGAAUUGUUCAUAAUGAUGAACUCUGUAUGAUGUAAGCUGCAUUAAACAAUUGUACAGAACUUUUCAACUCAG